UAUCUGCAAUCCCAGCUGCAUCUCUAUAACCCCUCCCCCUGCCGGUGAUGUCAGUGCCUAUAGAGGCGGCGGUGCUGCUGCUGUGUCAGUGCUGAGCCUGCAGGACCCGGAGUGGUACCUCGCUCUCCAUCCCUCCUCCCUGGCCAUGGAAUCCCUAUUAACCUUCUCUUUCUUUCUCUCCUUUAUUUCUACAGGUUACUCUCUGUCCUGUGUGCACUGCAAAGUAGAAGGGGAGAACUUCUGUCAGGGGCCAGAAAGGAAAUGUCCCACGUGGGGAGAUUUUGUGUGCGCCUCCACUAGCACAAUCACCAUAAUGGAGGGAGUAGCCAGUAAAUCAUUCAGCCGUUCAUGUGAGAAGCGCGCUUCCUGUGGGAUAUCAGGGAGCAUCGGGUACCAAAGGGGCAAAAUUAAAACCGCCACAACGUGCUGUUUCUCUGAUGCCUGCACUCCCUCUAAUCCUGCGUUGCCCUUGGAGAACAUGCAGAGGACCGGACUCACAUGUCGAAGCUGCACUUCCCUGAAUUCCAAGUGGUGCCACACAGAAGACACCGUAGAUUGCACCGGAGAAGAGCGCAAGUGUAUCCUUCAAACCACCACAACAUCAGGGUCCAAGAGCGGCCUGAGAGCUGUGCGAGGCUGUGCCACCAAUGACCUCUGUGCUAUCGGCAGCCAGAGCCACGACUUCGGGGACAUAAAGGAGUGGACGGAAGUCUAUUGCACCAAUGGCAGCAUCGCUCUGCAGCAGAGCAUCCUCCUCCUCCUGGCGCUCGCGGCUCUGCUCUGCAUCAAACUCAUGUAACCCUGCCCGUCGCGCCGCCUUUUCCAGUUCCAGGCGGAAAGGCGAUACACAGACUUUCCCUUAGCAACCAAUUACAUGCAUGGACUCUUGCAUCGUCACGCACUGCAUGGAACGCGCUUCCCACUUCCCCUUGGAUUUGCCAUUGCUGUGAAUGAAAGAGUAGUGAAUGGGUGCAAAGGGCGGAUACUAGGGGUGCAACUUAAUUGGACUCCCUCCAAAAUGAACCAAACACUGCCGGGGACGGUGUCGGGGACACUGCCGGGACAAAAAAAGACGUCUUUAUUAACCUGUUAUUCGCUAUGUUAAUGUGAUUGUGCCAGUAGUAGUGAUGAGCGGAUUUGUCCUGUUUCGCUUUGCCCAAAAAAUUCGCCAAAAAAAACCCGUGGGAAAAUGAGCAAAAGAGUGAAAAUGCAAAAUGCGUUGGUCGAUGGGGGUUUUUCGCAGCCAUUUUCUUGCUGUGACUUUUUUUCAUGGCUACUUUAUACCCGCAGGAUACAUUGGUGAUUGUGGCGCAUUUUUGCUGCUGUUUUAUGAAAAUAUUUGCCAAUGGUGAAAUACAGAAUUUUGCUGCAAAUCU